AUGGGUUGGUUUAGCUCCGACGAGAAGUCUGUUCUGGCUACGCAUCCUGUCAACCCGGACGUCACAACAAAGUCAGGUUCUGGUGCCGAGCAAGACCGAUACGCCCAGCACUUUUCCUCGGAUGCCAUCAAACGCGGUGUCGACCGGGGCCUUGAUAAGCUCCAGAACGCAGCCAAUGCCGCCGGCUCGGGUGCAGAACAAGACCGCUAUGCCUCGCAUCUCAGCAUUGGCGACCGGGGCUACAGGGCUAUCAAAGAGGCUGCCAAGUACCAGGGUGAUGGUGCUGAGCAGGACAGGUACAACGCGCACUUUAGUCCCGCGCUGCACAGCUUCGAUGCCGUAAAGGCCGUCCAGGCAGCAGGCAGCGUGGUCGCCAAUGGAGAGAAGAAUGCUAGCUGGUAUGGCCUGGGCUACGAUGGUCGACAGAGGGCCAAAUUGAUGGCUGGCAGCGGUAUGGGGGCUGAGCAGGAACGUCUCGGCUCGCAUUUCGGCCUUAGCAAGGACAGCGUCGCCAAUGCUGCACAGAGAGUGAAGGACGGUGCACAGGAUGUUCUUUCUCGGAGAUGA